UCGUGAUUCUCACACACAUAAUUUACGGUGCUCAUCGUGCUAGGUUGCAGGGAGCCUGCUUUACUGAGCUCUCUAGAAAUCUGACAGCUUCUUUCCAAGUGGGAGAGACGUUGUUGGGAGAGUCGUUGUUGAGAGAGACAUCGUGGUUUUAGGCAGCGUUUGCUCCGGGGUUGUGUUACUUUCUCUUUCGGUUCCCCGAACCUACCGUACGCUGUGAGCCUGGGGUUGCCACAGUCAAAAAACACGAACUCCAAGUCCAAUAACCAAGGCACUAUGAGCAAAAAGAAAAAGGACUGGAAGACAGAGAAAGAGCGUCUGAUGCGAAUGUCACUGGAGGACAGGAGGGCGGAGUACCGUCGGUCUGAAUAUGUACCUCUGGACAAGAUCGCCUCCCGGAGGCCGUCGCAGAGUACAGGUGAGGAUGAAGAAGAAAAGGAGAAGAAAGACUUGCUGAGUGACAAAAUCAUCCUGUACAAAGGUGACAUCACCAUGUUGGAGGUGGAUGCCAUAGUUAAUGCUGCGAACUCCAGUCUACUAGGCGGCGGUGGAGUGGACGGUUGUAUACACAAAGCGGCUGGCUCCUGUCUCUACGAUGAGUGCUACACGCUUAAUGGCUGUGAAACCGGCAACGCCAAGAUCACUGGUGGCUACGACCUACCAUCUAGAUAUGUGAUCCACACUGUGGGACCUGUGGCCAGAGGUCAUGUGGGUGAGACCGAGACCGAGGACCUGACCGCCUGCUACCAGAACUCACUGAAGCUCGUCAAGGACUACAACCUGCGUUCUGUGGCCUUCCCAUGUAUAUCCACAGGGAUUUACGGUUUUCCCAAUGAGCCAGCGGCAGCAAUUGCCCUGAAGACAGUUAAGAGCUGGGUCAAGGAGAACCGUGACAAGAUCGACCACAUUAUAUUUUGUGUCUUCUUGGAGAAUGAUUACAAGAUCUACAAGGAGAAAAUCCCUCAGGUCUUCCAAGAAGAGACAUGUGAACAGAACAGCAAUGACAGCCAGACAUCCAUGGAGCAAGACAACAAGACAGUCAACAAAGACCUUCCCAAAGGUGAAGAGAAACAGAAAGAUGAAGAAGAGGAAUUGGAGGAGAAGGUAGAAAGCGACUGCGCCAAAGGAGACAAUAAACCAGAAGAAACAUCUGAGGUGAAGGAAGAAAUAAUUGAAGAGGAGCCAGAAGAAAUGGCGGAGUCUGCUGCAACAGAAACACUGAUGAAAAAUCCCCAAGGGGGUCCAACUGGGGCAGUCACAACCGUAGAGGACCAGAAUGACACCAGCAAUAAUGAGAUCCAGUCAGGACAAGGUCAGGAUUCAGAUGCAGAGAGCAAUGCUCAGGGAGAGGGCUUCGAUGGAUCUCAACUACCGCAAACUGGCAGUACUCAGUCCAAAGAUUCUUCCAUCCAGAAGGAAUGAGCAGUUGGAGGAAAGACAAUCAACCAGCCCCACCCUUCUGAAACUGUGGGACCAGGGGAGACUGGAAGGAGUCAUUCACCACAACUCAUUCCCCUGUUUGACAUCACUUUCAAAUUACUUUUAACAUUUUUAUUCUACUGAAAUGACGUAGUCUGUCACCAGUUACAUUUAGAAUCCAUUUUUUUAGUUGUUCAGUUAAUUAAAAUGAAUCAUCAUCGAUGACAAAUCAAACAUAUCUGUAAAAGAAGAGACUUGUAAUGGGCUAUAUCAGGUUGAGGAGAUGAGUGGGUGGGACAUAACUCAAAGUCUGUCACAUCCAACGACCACCGCUACCAUUUUAGCCACCAUGCUGGAGGACGCUCACCCCCCAUUCCAGGGCCUUGUAUUCACAAGAAAACCUAAUCAGAAUAUCUCUGGUCCAGUCCAGCUGGAACCCUGUUUGAGCGUUCAUAUUAACUUUCCAUUUAAUCUAGAACAUUACGACAGCGUUCUGCCUACCUUGUGACUGAAUCCAGCACAUUCUGGGAACAUUCCAUCCAAGGUUCCGUCCAUUUAGGGUUUUGACCAUUGUGUGAGCAUAGAACUGGAGUCAGCAGGACACCAUAUGAAUCAAUCCAGAAUAUCUCAUACGACUUAGCGGCAGUCGGCAGACAUUAACAUUGCGGGUUGGGUUUAGGGUUAGGGAGGCCCUUGGGUUAGGGUCAGGGGUCAGGGAGAGGGCGGGGCAGCUUGGGAGGGAGAUUCUUUAGGGACCAUUACCAACCUCUGUUUCUACAAAGCUAAAACCGACCCGGCGCCACGUCUGUCUGUCUGUCGGUUGCUAGCGUUGACAUUCUGACAUCCACCAGCGGAGAAAAAGACAACCCGCGACACCCUCCAGCUUGUGCCGCUCUUGAUCGUUGGGUUCACCAAUGACAUGGGCUUUGAAAAGCAGCAGAUCUUUGACACAGAGGCGGGAGUACAUUUCAGCAUCUCUCACACACACACACACACACACACAUACGAGUACAUCACAGCAUUUCUUCAGCGUCUGGCCUGUCUCACAUUGUCACACAUUGCUUGCUGUUUCAGCUCCAAUACCUAGUAACGAUGUCAGCUGCUUUAUACCUGACACACACACACACACACACACAGAGACACACGCGCAGAGACGCACACACACACCCACACAAGCUGCUUCAAAAGCAUUCUAUCCAUCUCUCAGUUCAGCCAGCCUUGCUUUCAUCAGCGAUAUGAAGCUCUCAUCACAGCUGACGUUCACACAGACACAGACAGACACACACACACACACACGACAGCGCAGAAGACACACACAGAAGAGUGAGAGAUACACUCACACAGACACACACAUAAACACACAGACACACACAUAAACACACACACAUUUUUGAUGCCUCAAUGAAAUAGGCAGUGUAAUAGCCUUCUCCUUGUUUUUUUUUCAAAUUUCUUAAAAAUCUCUUAUUAUUAUCUUUUGACCAGAUUGUCUAUAAUUAAAUCAAAUGAAUCUGCCUUAUUUCACAUUGUCAGACUUCAUCGUGGUCAGUCUCUAACAGAUGAAGUAUGGAUGGUUUAAUUUGAAAUACUUGGUUGUGUAUGGCUUGCAAACUAAAAAAAAAUAUAUAAACUUUUGAGUAUUUACCUAACGUGAUGGCUGAUAUUUGUUGUUCUGUUGAUUUACUCUCCGUUACUCUCUGGGUUUUUGAAAAUUUUACAAAAAGCAUCCUUUACAUUUUUGUUUCCCGAUGUUGUUUAUCAAUUCUCCAUUCAAAUUAUACCUGUCAGUGGUGCAAUGCUAUACCGGUCAUCUAAUGAAUAACAGUCAAGUACAGUACUAUGAAAUUAUGAAAUAUGGAAUGAAUUACUGUACAAUAUAAUGACUCAAUGCUUUCAUAUUUUGGUGUUUUGCUUUGCUAAACAAUAAUGAGAAAAACUAAUAAAGUUUAAAGGGGAAUGUU